AGCUUCCCUUCAGUGCCGUGGAAGCCAGUUGCAAUUUUGAGGAAGAUCUCUGCAACUUUUAUCAAGAUAAAGAAGGUCCAGGCUGGACCCGGGUGAAAGUAAAACCAAACAUGUAUCGGGCCGGAGACCACACAUCAGGCAUUGGGUACUACUUGCUGGCCAACACAAAGUUUACAUCUCAGCCUGGCUACAUCGGAAGGCUCUACGGUCCCUCCCUGCCAGGAAACUUGCAGUAUUGUCUACGUUUUUAUUAUGCCAUCUAUGGGUUUUUAAAAAUGAGUGACACCCUGGCAGUUUAUAUCUUUGAAGAGAACCACGUAGUUCAAGAGAAAAUUUGGUCUGUGCUGGAGUCUCCAAGGGGUGUCUGGAUGCAAGCCGAAAUCACCUUCAAGAAACCCAUGCCUUCCAAGGUAUAG